UUCCUCUUUCCGAACGCUUCGACAUCCGUGAAGCUGGGAGUUCUCAGUGUUAGAAGAAAAAGCUGAUGUGCGGAAGGAGCCACCUUCUCAAUUCACAUGGUCGUACCGUUGAGGUCUCUAAUCCCCACCAGGCACCAGCUGUUUAAAUGAAAGAAACACAAUUGGAUAACAGAAGAGCAAACACCGGGAAGGAAAGAAGAGUUUAACACAGAACAUGGCCUCAGACAAAGACGAGAGACUAGACGAAAGACUGGCACACAUCAAACAAGAGGACUGUGAGUGGGGGGCCCCAGAGGCUUUGUGUGUGAAGCUGGAGGAUUAUGAAGAGAGCGUUUCUGCCUUCAAAGAGGAGAUUGUUGACAUUAAAGUCGAGUCUGAAGAUUUCCUCAUUGGUCUCGGAGAGCAGAAGCAGGAAUCUGGGGGUAUUUUCAGGCCCGCUCAUUCCUCUGAAGAGUCCCAUUCCAGUUUCCAGUCUUGGUUCAAUAAUACGGGACAGCUGCCUACCCAGCAGAAUUCUCUGAAUCUGAAAUCGGAGUUGGAAGAGCAUGUCACUGACGGAAAUGGAGAAGCUGAAGAAGAGCAGUCGUCUAGGAGUGUUGGGAUACAUGUAAAUGGAAAUGGCAGCCUCUCCAUGUCUUCAUUUGUUCAAAUUUCUCCUCCGUGUAAACUGCAACACAAAUGGAACGAUGAUAAAAUGGAGAAAUCGACAAGCGGAUCCAAUAAUUUGACAGGAGCCUCUGUCCAGUGCAGCUCUGACACUGCUGGCAGCCAAACGCAGGGAGAAGCCAUCAACACUGAUCAACAAGAAGUUUAUGAACAGGUCCAAAUUCACACAGGAGACACAUGUCAUUGUUUAAAAUGUGGCAAGCGAUUCUCAAACAGAAGGAGUCUUAACAUCCACAUGAGCGUUCACACUGGAGAGAAACCCCACUGUUGUACAGAAUGUGGUAAACGAUUUUCACAGAUUCGUAAUCUUCGGGUCCACAAAAGAAUUCACACUGGAGAAAAACCUUAUGUGUGCUCUCAGUGUGGCAAAAAGUUCUCCACCAGUAGCAGUUUUCGGAGGCAUGCGAAACUUCAUACUGCAGAGAAACCAUACUGCUGUUCUGAAUGUGGUAAAAGCUUUUCCAGUGACAGCAAUCUUUAUAAACAUGUAAAACUUCAUACUGGAGAAAAACCUUAUUGUUGUACUGAAUGUGGCAGACGGUUCUCGCAAGCGAGUCAUCUCCAGAGUCACAUCAGAAUUCACACUGGAGAGAAACCUCACUGUUGUUUGGAAUGUGGCAAACGAUUCUCACAUGUUGGUACUCUUCAUAAACAUAGAAGAAUUCAUACUGGCGAGAAACCUCAUUGCUGUUCUGAGUGUGGGAAAAGAUUUUUUCAAAAAUGCCACCUUCGAGAACACAUCAGAGUUCAUACUGGAGAGAAACCUUAUUGUUGUUCUGAAUGUGGUAAACAAUUCUCUAGCAGCAGUAGACUUUGUAGCCAUAAAAUAAUUCAUACUGGUGAAAAGCCUCAUCACUGUUCUGAAUGUGGCAAGCAUUUCUCAAAAAUUAAGUAUCUUAAUAGCCACAUGAGAGUUCACACUGGAGAGAAACCCCAUUGUUGCUUGGAAUGUGGCAAACGAUUCUCAUACCUCGGUAGCCUCCAUCAACACAGAGGAAUUCAUACUGGAGUGAAGCCUUAUUCUUGUUCAGAAUGUGGGAAAAGAUUCUCACAAAGAUGCUACCUUCAGCAGCACAUCAGAAUUCAUACUGGAGAGAAGCCUCAUUGCUGUUCUGACUGUGGGAAAAGAUUCUUCCAAAAAUGCCACCUCCAAGAACACAUCAGAGUGCAUACUGGAGAGAAACCUUAUUGUUGUUCUGAAUGUGGUAAACGAUUCUCAACCAGCAGUGGACUUCAUAGCCAUAAAAAAAAUCAUACCGAUGAAAAUCCACAUUGCUGUUCUGAAUGUGGCAAGCACUUCUCAGACAUGAACAGUCUUGAUAUUCACAUGAGAGUCCACACUAAAUCCCAUUGCUGUUUGGAAUGUGGCAAACAAUUCACACAAAUAACCAGUCUUAAGAGCCACAUUCGAAUCCACACAGGAGAAAAACCUUAUUGCUGUUUUGAAUGUGGCAAAAAAUUCUCUUCCUGUAGUAGUUUUCGGAGGCACACACGAAUUCAUACUCGAGAAAGUGUGGCAAACAGUUUUUCUAAUGUGUCUACAAACAUGGAAAGAGUGACGGAAAGCCUUAUUGCUGUUCUGGAUGAAGUACAGGAUUCUAAUUUUAAGGAGUUAACUACUCUGUAAGAAUUCAUAGUAGGGAAUCACUUUUGAUACUGAAUGUGGCAAAUGGUUUUUAAUCAUAAAGCAACUUCAGAUUUAGAUCUGAAUUCCUGCUGUGGAGAAAUCUUACUGUUGUCUAGAAUGUGGCCAAUGAUUUACACAGAGUAACCUGAAAGAUUUUGUACUGGAGAGAAACCUUUGUUGUUGUCAUCAAUGUGGUAAACAGACAACACUGCUCAUCAUAGCCAUAAAAUAAUUCAUAGUGGUGGUAAACCUCGUAGCUGCUGUGAAUGUGGCAAGUGAUUCCUAGACAACAGUGACUUUCAUAGCCAUAAAAAUAGAUUAUACAGCUGAUAAACCACAAAAGUGAACUUAAUGUGGCCAGCAAUUCUCCCGUACCAGCUAUUUUCAGAAACACACAAGAUCUCACCUUGGAAUGGAAAGACAAAGCACCUGAAAUGUAGAGAAUAUGCCGCUCAUGGGACAGAACAAUGGAAAUUUUGGGUGCCGUGGAACUAAUGAAAUGGAGCUUCAUACAAACUACAGAAGGAAGCUUGACUAGGAACGAUGCAGCUGCUACAUGAAGCUGUUGCUGAAAAUAAACCGCUAGUGAUAGCUUCAACCGUGCAGCUCUGUGUUAAGACUAAGAGGUGAGGUUCAUGUCUGUGUUAUUGUAUGCACUCGAAACCACUGUGGAGAAAUGAACCUCCACAAGAAGCCAUACGGUUGUUGUUAAUGUGGCAAAUGAUUCUCACCAAUAUUCAUUGUGAUGGACGACCGGCUACAGACUCCGGUCGCCACCCCCAGGCCGCCAGGAGGAGCCCUCCGGACAGCAUAAUCGUGCCCCAAGUUCCAGCAGGGCCUCAUGGACUUUGUAGUUUGUAUACACAGCCCUGCUGGAUACCUUGGGGGCCACCGGGAGUCGCUGUAGGGGGGCUAGUGGGCUCUUAUGUCCCCUAUAACCCAGGAGUGCGUCAUCAUCACGUGACAGGAAGGAACGACGUGCUCCCGGGCUGAAGAAAGGACUGUUUACCCUGACCCGGAGGGAAUAAGGACUUGUGGGUUUGGCCAGGAACCACUUCCGGGUUGGGGGAUAUAAAAGGGCUGUGGAAAAGCCCAGACACUGAGCUGAGCUGGGAGGUAGGGUGGCGAAGUGUCUGGGCGAGGAGGAUUUGUUAGAGAAAGAGUAUUGUUUGUAGUUAUUGUGAUUUAUGAGUGUGGA